GACUCGGCGACCCAACAAACACGUUAGCCUCCGCGGCGAAGCACACAGAAAAAUUUUCCCAAAUCCAUAUAUUUUUUUCUUCUUCUUCUCUCGAAUCGAAUCGCGCUCGCCUCCUUUGUUGAAUCGAACUCGCCGCGCUCACUGAGCAGCGCGCGGCCGCGGAAUCCGCUCUCGGGUUGCGCCCCGGCAGUAGCAGCAGCCGCCGGCCGCCGCCAUGGGCAACUGCUGCGGCACGCCGGCGACGGCGGAGGAAGGGGGGAAGAGGAGGGGGAAGCAGAAGAAGGCGAACCCGUUCACGGUGGCGUACAACCGCGGGCCGGCGGCGGCGGCGGGGGCGGGGAGGGGGCCGGGGCUGGUGGUGCUGCGGGAGCCGACGGGGAGGGACCUGGGCGCGCGGUACGAGCUCGGCGGCGAGCUGGGGCGCGGCGAGUUCGGCAUCACGUACCUGUGCACGGAGACGGCCACGGGGGACCGGUACGCGUGCAAGUCGAUAUCGAAGCGGAAGCUGCGGACGCCGGUGGACGUCGAGGACGUGCGGCGGGAGGUGGAGAUCAUGCGCCACAUGCCCUCGCACCCCAACAUCGUCAGCCUCCGCGCCGCCUACGAGGACGAGGACAACGUGCACCUCGUCAUGGAGCUCUGCGAGGGCGGCGAGCUCUUCGACCGGAUCGUCGCCCGGGGCCACUACACCGAGCGCGCCGCCGCCGCCGUCACGCGCACCAUCGUCGAGGUGGUUCAGAUGUGCCACAGGCAUGGUGUCAUGCACCGAGACCUUAAACCAGAGAACUUCCUAUAUGCUAACAAGAAGGAUAGUUCUCCUCUGAAGGCAAUUGAUUUUGGGCUAUCUGUGUUCUUCAGGCCUGGUGAGCGGUUCACUGAAAUUGUAGGCAGUCCAUAUUACAUGGCUCCAGAGGUUUUAAAGCGACACUAUGGCCCUGAAGUCGAUGUCUGGAGUGCAGGAGUGAUACUUUACAUACUUCUUUGUGGUGUACCACCAUUUUGGGCAGAAACUGAGCAGGGAGUCGCACAGGCAAUUAUACGCUCUGUGGUAGAUUUCAAAAGAGAACCAUGGCCCAGGGUAUCUGAGCCUGCUAAAGAUCUUGUUAGGCGGAUGUUGGACCCGAAUCCCAUGACAAGGCUUACUGCAGAACAAGUACUUGAACAUCCAUGGCUACACGAUUCAAAAAAGAUGCCUGACAUUCCUCUUGGUGAUGCUGUCCGAGCUAGACUGCAGCAAUUUGCUGCAAUGAACAAGUUAAAGAAGAAAGCUCUAAAGGUCAUUGCUGAGCAUUUGUCUGCAGAGGAAGCAGCCGACAUUAAGGACAUGUUUGAUAAAAUGGAUGUGAGCAGGAAUGGACACCUGACCUUUGAGGAUUUCAAGGCUGGCCUUCGUAAACUUGGGAAUCAGAUGCCUGAUUCAGAUCUUAAGAUAUUGAUGGAUGCUGCUGAUAUUGAUAAAAAUGGGAUCCUGGACUAUCAAGAAUUUGUUGCUGUGUCUAUCCAUGUGAGGAAAAUAGGCAACGAUGAACAUAUCCAAAAGGCUUUCUCAUAUUUUGACCGAAACAGGAGUGGAUACAUAGAAAUUGAAGAGCUUAGAGAGGCCUUGGUUGAUGAAUUGGAUGGAAAUGAUGAAGACAUUAUCAAUGGCAUCAUCCGUGAUGUAGAUACAGACAAGGAUGGGAAAAUAAGCUACGACGAGUUCGCCACCAUGAUGAAGGCCGGUACUGACUGGAGGAAGGCAUCUAGGCAGUACUCAAGGCAGAGGUUCAGCAACCUCAGCCUGAAGCUCCAAAAAGAUGGAUCCAUCAGUGACGACACGCAAUAGACUGCACAGGAAAAAAAGAAGAAAGAAAGAACUACACUUACCCUUUUUUUCCAUUUGUUUUUGUGUGCUGGUUCUGUUUUUCACCCCUUUUUUUUUCACACAGUAACUUUAGCAGCGGCUUUGUAAAGAUAGCGUUUGUGGUGGUAUUGCUUUACCAGCAGCAGCGAUUCAAGUCAGGCGGAAUGUAUAUUAGAUGGUUUGCUUACUAGACUAGAGAUUGUGAGCACAGUUGUUUGUAUUGUUGUAUGGUAAUACAAGCGGCGUGAAAUUCUCAAA